AUGUACUCUCCAGACACCCCAUAUGAAAGUCUGUCCAUCGAUGCAGGACCCAUAGUUGCCUUCAACCUCCGAAGCAGCGGAGGGGAGUGGGUCAACCUCGGUGAGUUCGAGAAGCUUGCUGGCCUGAAGAAGAUUCAUGUUCGCACGGGAGGCGUCUGUAGCCCCGGAGGCAUAGCUGCGGCUCUCGGCUUGACGCCCUCAGAGAUUAGGAGGAACUACGCGUCUGGCGUUCGGUGUAAUGGACAUUCCGACUUUGUUACCGAAAAGCCAACCGGCAUAAUACGAGCUAGUCUCGGCGCGAUGAGUGUCGAGUCUGAUGUCGACCGGUUCGUGGACUUUAUAUCCGACUUUUACUGCCAAAGAGAAGCGCCACCUAAGCCAGAAUGCGCAGCAGAAGCAUCAAAGGAAGAGCUGCCAGCUCGUCUCGAAGUAAAAGAUAUCAUAGUCUACCCGAUAAAGAGCUGCGGCGGAUACCAUGUGCCUUCCAAUCUGCCAUGGAGAAUCAAGCCGGAGGGCCUGGCCUGGGACCGCGACCCACCCGAGUCUGACUCGGAACCCUCGAUCCCUCUUCUUCUCUCCAACGAGAGCCCCAUACUAGUCGUCCACAUGGCCAGCGUUUCUUUCCUGAACGACGUCCUAGCUCUUACGCAUAAGCCGGUCCCCGCCGCGCAAUUUCGACCCAACAUCAUUGUGGGAUCCAAGGCAGACACCCCGGCUCUAGCGGCCUUCUCCGAGGAAUCAUGGAGGGGACUGACGUUUUCUUCGGUCGGUCGUCCCUCGCCUCGAAAGGGCACCUUGCGUGUCCUGGGAAAAUGCUAUCGAUGCCAGAUGGUGUGUGUGGACCAGGACACGGGCGAGCGAGGAGAGGAGCCCUUUGUGACGCUGGCGCGGACGAGGCGGGUAGGGGAAAGGUGCCAUUCGGAAUCCAUGUUUGUCUGGAGACUCGAGAUGAAGAAGAGGACGGAGCCCCGAUCACCAUUUCUGUUGCAGAUCCUAUCCAGGCACUCUUAG